GAACGGAGUGGGCAGGGCGCAAGCGGUCCAAAGGCGAUGACGAGAAGACCCGGCGUCUCCUAGGCAACCUUUGUUACCCGACGGGGAAGAGCCGCCGAUUGGCCAGUGCUGCCUGUGACGACACGCGCGCUGAAGGAGGCCGCUUAAGUCUCUCUGCCUGCUGCAUUGAGCGCGAGUCUCCCCGGAGAACGAUUCUCGAGCUGACCAAGGAAACUCGCAACGCCCCGCGAAGAGAAAGCCGGCAUGGAGGGCCAGACAGAAAAAAGAUAUACUUACGAGGAUGGGAAGAAGACGGCAGACUGGCUGCUCGCCAACACUAAACACCGGCCCAAGGUGGCCAUCAUCUGUGGCUCUGGCCUCGGUGGGCUGGCAGACCUCCUGAAGGACCAAGUGGUGUUUGAAUAUGCCAAGAUCCCCAACUUCCCUCAGAGCACAGUUGUUGGCCAUGCCGGGAAGUUGGUGUUUGGGAACCUCAGCGGGAAACCCACCGUCGUGAUGCAAGGCCGCUUCCACAUGUACGAAGGUUACCCGCUCUGGAAGGUGACCUUCCCUGUACGGGUCUUCAGUCUGCUUGGCGUAGAGACCCUCAUUGUCACCAAUGCGGCUGGGGGGCUCAACCCUGAGUACAAAGUGGGGGACAUCAUGGUGAUCCAGGACCACAUCAACAUGCCGGGCUUUGCUGGAGUGAACCCUCUGGUUGGGCCGAAUGAUGAAAGGUUCGGGGUUCGUUUCCCGGCCAUGUCGGACGCCUAUGACCGGGACUUGCGGAAACUGGCGCACACGGUGGCCAAGGAGAUGGGCUGUUCAGGGGGGGUGCGUGAGGGGGUCUACUGUACUUUAGGAGGCCCCAACUAUGAGACCAUUGCUGAAUGCCGCUUCCUGCAGAAACUGGGCGCCGAUGCAGUGGGCAUGAGCACAGUCCCUGAGGUGAUCGUGGCCCGCCACUGCGGGAUGCGCAUCUUCGGCUUCUCCCUCAUCACCAACAAAGCCAUCCUAGACUACGAGACCAAGGAGAAGGCCAACCAUGCCGAGGUGUUGGAGACCAGCCGCCAGAGCGCUCGCACCCUUGAAAAGCUGGUCUCCCUGAUAGUGCAGCGCAUUGAACGCAAUAACAAUGUGGCCUAGCAGCGGGGCUGUGGCGGGUCACCCACAGAUCUCUCACCGGUGGGGAGAUCUGUCUUCAGGCAUCCAGAACUUUGCCCACAUGGCCUGGGUGUGAAGACACAGCUGACUCAGCCUCCCUCUCCUUUCCCCCUCUGAGUCCUGUGUUUCCAAAUUAAGUCUUGCUACUGAGUUUUCUGCUGUAUCAAAUGUUUUCCCCAAACUUCCGUUCGACUGCUGCUCUGCAUCUGCCGAUGGGUUGUCCCCCCAAGCCUCCACGUCCGAUGUUCAGCUUUUCCAAUACACUGUCUUUGUGGGGAGGGUGGCAUGUGGGGUGGUGUCGAACACCUUGAAGCAGGUCUCUCUUGGUCCCGCAGUGCCUCUUCCUGAAGGAGGACUCCUCCAGUGAGUUCUGUGGACCCUGGUUUCAUCUUCAUGCAAUAAGUAAGAAAGGCUUCUUCUCACAGUCGAGGCAGUGAGAUUGUUUCUGGAUUGUGCCACUUCAGAUGGCAGUUGCAAAAAAAGAACAACAAAACCCCGCACACAGAAAGCUAGCAAGCCAGAGAGAAGACAAGGAUUCAACCCUGACAUGUUAGUUUUCUAGAUUCAGGGAUUUGUU